AUGUCGAACAGCAGAUCAUACUUCGCCGGCGGGCAGGACAACGGCAACGGCAACGACGACCAGCCAUACGGCGGAUACGGUGGCGGGCAGCAGUAUGAAGCAACCGGCGGCAAGAAACGCGGGUCCUCGAGGCUGAAGAAGGGCAGCGGCAGCAAGAAGGACGCCGACGCCGAGGACGACUACCCCAAGUACGCCGACAACAACAACGAGGCCGACGACAACCGCUACAACAGGCCGAACGGCAACUACAACGGCGGCGGCAACCACUACAGCGGCGGCGGCUACGGGAACAGCUCUCCGUACGGCGGUGGCGGCUACGGCAACGGCGCUCCCUACGGCGGCGACGGCGGCUACGCACCGUACAACAACGCUCCCGCCGCCUUCUGGGCUCCCCAGGACGGCACCAGGUCGCCCAUGUUUAUCAGCACCAGGGAGGUGCACGUGUACGGCGUGCCUGGUGGGUACGACAACGAUAACAACAACAACGACGACCACCAGCAGAGGAGGAGAGGCGGCGGGUUCUUCGGCCCGGCGUUCCAUGCCGUCGGCCACUUAUUCGACCGCAAGUUCGGUUUCAACGACAAGGACUGA